AUGGUUGUAUAUAGGGGGCACAUAGGGGCACACAGGGGCACCCAUCACCCCGUGUCUCCCCGCAGCUCGUUCCCCGUGGAGCUGGCUGAGGUGUUUGCGGCCUGGCAGGCCGAGUGCCGGCUGCGGGGCAAGGCGCCCAUCGGGCAGCGCCUGGUGUCGGCCUCGUUGUUCCUGCGCUUCCUGUGCCCCGCCAUCAUGGCACCCAGUUUGUUCGGCCUCGUCCAGGAGUAUCCGAGAGAGAACACGGCGCGGAGCCUCACGUUGGUGGCCAAAGUCAUCCAGAACAUGGCCAACUUCAGCACGUUCGGAGCCAAGGAGCCCCACAUGGGCUUCAUGAACCCGUUCGUGCAGCAGCACUGGGGCACCAUGUCGACCUUCCUGCGCCGCGUGGGCAGCAGCGACGGCAGCGACACCGUGAGCAGCUACGACGGAUACGUCGACCUGGCGCUGGAGCUGGCGACGCUGCACCUGCUGCUCUGUGAUAUAGUCAGCUGCCUGGAACAGGUCACGCCUGCCCCAUGGAUGGCCCUGCCCCAUAGAUGGCACUGCCCCAUGGAUGGCCCUGCCCCAUGGAUGGCCCUGCCCCAUAGAUGGCCCUGCCCCAUAGAUCCUGGGACAUCCCCCUGAUCCCAAAGCACCGACAGCUCCAACAAAUACGAGCUGCCACGUGAGCUGAGCAAACAGCUGAUAAAGAGCCAGUCAAUGAGCAGCGUCCGACGGGAACGGAACCGGGACCAGGAGAUGGAUGGAGAAAUGGGACCAGAACCAGAACCACGAUCCCAUAGAGAGAGAAGGAACGUGACACGGACACAGAGUGUCCCAGCACAGAGUAAAGCAGCGAAAAGAGUCUGGAAACAAAACAGUAUCGAACAUAUAACAGAACCAAUAGGAGAUAGAGCGAGAACCAGCGUGAAACGAGAUGGAACCGGCCGCUCCAAGGUGUCACUGCAGCGUAAAUCCAUGGUGCCAUGGCAGUGCUACGGCAACGAGCAGGAGCAGGGGGAGCUCGGCCCCAUCCGCCCCAUGGACAAGCAGCACGGGCGGCAGAUCGAGGCGCUGCGGAAGGAGGUGGGUGAAGGGCAGGAGAGGCUGAGGGUGAUGGAGGAGAAGCUGGGGGAGCUGCAGGGGGAGCAGCGGGGGAUGAAGGAGGAGCAGGGACGGAGCCGGGAGCUGCUGGAGACACUGCGCCUACAGAUGGAGGAGGGCAGCGCCAGGAUGGGCAACAUGGCGGCCAGGCUGACGGCAGCUGAAGGGACCCGCAAGAAGGACUUGGAAAGGCUGAAGGCCAGCGAGGAUUGGGGCAGAGCAAUGGAGAGCCGGCUGGUGGCGCUGGAGAAGGAGCACAGGGAGCUGCAGGACGCCAUUGCCCGACUAUUGGGUCGGCCCAGCAGGACGGGACGGGGGGCAGCGGCACCGAGAUGGGAUGAGGGUGGGGAUGAAGGACAGGCCACCAGCGUGUGACAUGGGGUGGCACCACAACAAGGCCGUGAACACGAGGGACUGAUCCUGAUCCUGAUGGGUUUGUGUCCCUUGGGAAUAAAGACUGUUGGUGUCGCUGGGA